GUAUUAUCAGUGUACUGGUGCUAGAGCAGAGCAGCUCCUCCUCUACCUCCUUAUUUAAUGCACAGUCAUUACUGCAUGCUAGCUUUCAGAUCUGCAGGCUGAGACCAGGAAUCAUGGAGAUGUGACCAAUCACCAGACGUCUUUAUCUUACCCAGUUCUGCUCCGCCUAAUCCUGAAAUUUUUUUUUGUCUUUAACUAUUUUUUUCCUGAGUCAGUUUAAGGAUAUGCACAAUCUGCUCGGAAUAUUUUUCUCUGCUGAAGUCGGAACCUGAAUGGCUUUUUGUGCGUCUACACAGAGAUCUCACCUCAGGAUUUGUUAUUGAGAGCAGGGUUUGUGAUUAAAGGCUCACACAGGACGACAGGUUGUUGUGCAACAUCACCACUGCUUCUUCUUUUUUAAUGCUGGGAUUUUUUUUCUCCUUUUUGUACACAUCUUGCAGUUGUGAACAUGCACACAUAUCCCUGCCAGCUGCAGCAGUGCAGUCUGGCUUCAAUAUGCAUGCAUCUGUGGGUAACCGCUGCCUUAAGGACAGGCUUAAAGGCUUCUCCUAUAGAAAAGAUGCUGAUUUAAGGCGAAUGGCAGUCUAGCUUUGUUUUCUUAGCAAGUAAGUAGACAAGGCUGUAGAGGAUUGAAAUUAACUUUACAGAUGGGAUGUGUGGACCUGAACCUGACCCUUACUUCCUCUUUUAUCCAAUCCCAACAUGAACUCCUCCUCUAAUUCAAACCAGGGCAGUUCUCCUUUGUUCUGUCUGAUGGGUUAUUCUCACAGCCUGGAUACCUGCAUACUGGAGGUGGCCAUCAUUCUCUUCCUAGCUGUGCUGAUCAUCACUGGAAAUCUAGUGGUGAUCUUUGUCUUCCACUGUGCUCCGCUGCUGCACCACCAUAGCACCAGCCACUUCAUUCAGACCAUGGCGUAUGCCGAUCUGCUGGUGGGCAUCAGCUGCUUGGUUCCUGCACUGUCACUCCUUCACUACCUCCAAGACCUGAAUGAGGAGCUUGCCUGCAAAGGCUUUGGCUAUAUUGUUUCUGUGCUAAAGGGCGUCUCAAUGGCCUCACUAGCUUGUAUUAGUGUGGACCGCUACAUUGCCAUCACCCGGCCGCUGUCCUACAGCACUUUGGUGACACCAUGUCGGUUGAGGUUUUGCAUCAUCCUGAUUUGGAUUUAUUCCACCCUAAUAUUUUUGCCUUGUUUUUUUGGCUGGGGGAAGCCAGGAUACCAUGGGGACAUAUUUCAGUGGUGCUCAGACUCUUGGAAGACAAACCCAACAUUCAGCACGUUCAUCGUGGCGCUGCUCUAUGCCCCGGCAGCGUUCACUGUCUGCUUCACCUAUGGAAGCAUCUUCCGGAUCUGCCGUCAGCACACCAGGGAAAUCAACCAACAGCACGCACGCUUCAGAUCGCAGACACAGACUAUUAGGGACGCGAGGUGCGAGGGCUGCCCAGAGAAACGCUACGCCAUGGUCCUCUUCCGAAUCACCAGUGUCUUCUACGUGCUGUGGAUGCCAUACAUCCUCUACUUCCUCCUUGAGAGUGGGGGUUUGUAUCACCACACGGUAGCAUCCUUUCUCACCACCUGGCUGGCAAUUAGCAACAGUUUCUGUAACUGUCUUAUCUACAGUCUCUCCAACAGUGUCUUCCGUAAAGGCCUUGGCAAUCUCCUAAACCCACUGCUUCCGUCCUGUGUCGGCUGCGAAGACACCAAAAAUGCUCCGCCUCCGAGCAGUCUGCAACCAGAUGCUCGAUACAACGUCUGAGACCCUUAAGCCACAGAUUUGAUUUCCAAACCAUAUAUCUACAGCAUGAUGCUGUUUUUUUUUGGUCCUUAAUUCAAAUGCAUUGAGGACCAGUUGAAGGGUGCCUGUGCAAGCACAUGUUGGUCUUUUUUUUCUAAAUCAGAGGAAGAUUAAAAAAUGAGUUUGCAAAGUUUCUGCUGAGUGGUUAUUAAACGUGUGAUGUUACUUCAUUGCUACCAGCUGCAGAGUUGGAUUCACAAAGCUGAGGAAGAGACCAGACUGAACAACUAUUUUAUGUGUGCAUGUAGAGAAUAAAGUACACCCCAGCUAUACUUAAGAAAUCUAAAGACCUAAGCAUACUGCAACCUGUUUAAUCCAAUUUAACAUAUUCCAAAAAUCCAAAGUUUACUCCCAAACUUUUAUAUCCAUGUCACAGGAUAGAGGUGUUAGCUCCUGAUAAGAAAACAGAUGAAAAGGUUGGUUGUUCACCUUCAUAUGAAGCAAUGAUCUGCCUGACUGAGGUCAAACUGAACAGAACAUCUGUGAGAAAAUAGAGGGGAGUCUGCAGCAGCUCACGUGGUUCUGCAUGUUUCCUUAAUCUAGUGUUUAAAAAAAAAAAAAAGAUAUUGAUUUAUAAGUUAGCAUUACCGUUUGUGUUCAACGCCCAACAAGGA